AUGAAAAUUAAGAAUAAUAUAAGGCAAUAUUACAUAGUUGUUUAAACUCAAUUAAAUUUCUAAUUUUGUGCUUUUUACUCCACUUUUCGUUGUGAGUCAGAUUUACCUAUUUCCACAAUUAUUGGAUCAGAUUAAUUUAUUAUAUUUUUUGUAUUCUCUUAUACACUUUACAAAUCCCACUCAUCCUUAUGGAGAGUUUGAUACACUGAUAACAGUAAGAGAGGCUUUUUUUAUAAUUUAUCACUCUUUAUUCUAUUAAUAUGUAUAUUUCUAGAUUUUUUAAUAUUGGAACAGAAGUUAUCUUGUUGGUUAUCUAUUUUGCUAAUUAAAUCUUUAUUUUUAAUAAUGAAAAUUUAAAAUCUAAAAUAAUGGAAUAGUUUGGUCUUAGUGCAGAAGAAGAAUAUUACAGUUUUGAUGAGCAUUUAACUUAUGUGAAGAGAAGAAUAUUCAUUCUAAUUUAAAAGAUAACAAUUAUAUCUAAACAGAUGACCCUGUUUUAAUAGAACAACAAUUAAUAUUAAUAGCACUAAUAAUAAAAGUAAAAUCUUGUGAUUAUUUAUUUUAGACAAGAAUAAGAUGAUGGAAAGAAGAAAUUGUCUCUUCUUAAAGGAGGGCUUAAUAAAUUCUAUUUAUUCAUUCCUCCUCAUCGUAUAUACCAUAUAAUUCCAACACCAGAAAAUGAUGCCCAUUAUGUAAACUUUAUCUUGGGUUUAUUAAUGUCUAUAGCGAGAGUAACAGGGUUGUAAUUUUAAUUGAUUGAUGAAUUUACGAAAUCUUAGAAGGAACUAGAAUUAAUGUUUAAUUUUUGA